AUGGCGGGAAGAGGAGGAAGAGGAGGUGGACGCGGAGGCGCGCGUGGUGCCUUCAAUCCCGCACGAGGAACCGUGACGAUUGCCGGAACUGAGCUCAACUGGGAUCUGACUGGCCUCGACAUCCAGAAGGGGCCUGCCGAGCGCUUUCCAGAAGCACCUCCACCCCAAGCGCCUCCACCAACCGACAGUGAGCUCGGCAUGGUCAAGCACCACCUCGCAGUCCGCGACCGCAUCCACGAAGGCCCCUUCUACACCAUCCUCAACGACGGCAUGAAGAACGGGCUGAAGCGAAAGGCCAACGAGCCUGCACCCACCGAAGCCUCGCUCUUCGAUCCCUUCACUGGAAACCAGACAUACUCGGCCAAGUACCUCAAAGUGCGGAGGAGACUACCAAAGUUAGAUGCGCGGCCAUACGUCGUCGAUCUCUUCCCCGCAGAACUCCGUCCCACACUAGACGGCACACGAGCCGACUCCACCUCGACCAAGAAGCGCAGGACGCUCGGCGUCACAAAAGUGAACGGUCUAUCCCAGAUUGAGCGCCUAAUCAAGUCCGAACAAGAACGCACAAAUGAAGCAGAAGCCCGCGCAGAAGAAGAGGCAGACGACGAGGACGCCGAAGAAGACGAGGAAAUCGACGAGGAUAAACCCGAUGCCGUUGAUGAGGAAGAUAAUUGGUCGGCUGCGAGUACGGACUCGGAGGAAUCGGAUGACGAUUAUAAUGCCGAGCAAUACUUUGACAACGGCGAGGACGAUGAUAUCGAUGAUGCCGAUCCUUAUGAGAAUACGUAUGAAUAG